GGCCCCAGAAUGUUCUAGACGUUUUAAUGUAUAUAUUUUGCCGCGACGACAGCGCUGCGAUCCAUUCAUUUGUGAAGUAGAUAGUGUGAAGUUGUGAUUUGUGUUGUGUGAAGAAUAUUUGAACCCUUCUAGUUUACUGGAUUUAUCAUUACAAAGCCAUUAGUAAAUCAUCAAAAUGGGAAAAGAUUACUACAAAAUUUUGGGACUUUCCAAGGGUGCAUCAGACGACGAAAUCAAAAAGGCCUAUCGUAAAUUAGCUUUGAAAUACCAUCCAGACAAGAACAAAUCAGCAGGCGCCGAAGAAAGAUUUAAGGAGGUGGCAGAAGCGUACGAGGUGCUAUCGGACAAGAAGAAGCGUGAGAUUUAUGAUACCCUCGGUGAAGAGGGAUUGAAGGGAGGAAUGGGAGGACAGAAUGGACCUGGAAGCGGGCAGUCGUUCUCAUACACCUUCCAUGGGGACCCACGGGCGACGUUCGCACAGUUCUUUGGAUCAGCUAGCCCGUUCCAAGGAUUGUUCGACCUCAAUGGUGGUUCCGGUGCCUCGACAAUGUUUUUCGAUCGCGACAUGGAUGUAGAUCUUGAUCCAUUCGCCAAUAUCGGAAUGGGACAGACGAGACCCGGCGGCGGAAGUGGGGCUUUCAGGAGUCACAGUUUCAAUUUCCACGGGUCACCGAACAGGAAGGAAAAAACCCAAGAUCCGCCUAUAGAACACGAUUUGUACGUGUCGUUGGAAGACAUCGCUCGAGGAUGUGUUAAAAAAAUGAAGAUUUCUCGUCGUGUUAUUCAGCCAGAUGGUACAUCGAAGAAAGAGGACAAGGUGUUGACCAUCCACGUGAAACCUGGUUGGAAAGCCGGAACGAAGAUCACGUUCCAGAAGGAAGGUGACCAGGGUAGGAAUAAAAUCCCUGCUGACAUAGUCUUCAUUAUCAGAGACAAACCAAACCCAUUAUUCAAACGAGAAGGCAGUGACAUCAGAUAUACAGCCAAGAUAUCACUCAAACAGGCUCUGUGCGGGACCAUCAUUGAAGUGCCUACCAUGUCCGGCGAGAAGCUCACAGUUAACUUGCAAGGUGAGGUUGUGAAGCCCUACACUGUUAAGAGAUUCCCUGGCUACGGUCUGCCAUUCCCCAAGGAACCAACGCGGAAGGGAGAUCUUCUGGUGGCUUUUGACAUCAAGUUCCCUGACCGUCUCAAUUCUGGAGUGAAAGAAAUACUCAUGGACACCCUACCUAACUAGGAUCGGAGACAAGUGGAAAUCUCAUUAGCAACGUAGGAGUAUAACGACCACACAUCUGAACUGGACUGUGGGGAUGAAAUGCUCAAUGUUACAAUGGGACAUUCCAACUAGGCUUUCAGUUAUAGUAGUCACGGGCUGAGGGAAGUCACAGCCUUAUCAUUAAAUGUACUGUCUGGUAGAGCUGGUGGAUCAUGUAGACAGUACUGAGUCUUGAGUGAGAGGUUCCUCAUGCGUUUUAGUAUGGGGGACUGUGAUGCUGUCUGUGUGUAUUAUUUAAUUUCUUAAGCUGUAAAUAUAUUAUAAAUGUUGUGUAAAUAUCAGUUGACAGUAAUUGUGAGUUCUAGGUUCACUCUGUUGACUUGUUCAAGACUUGAUAGUGUCGUCUGGCAAGAGUAAAGAAUGUUUUGUAGAUGAGACAGUUCUCUAUAAAGAUUACUACUUAUAAUUGCUGUUGAAAAUAAUGUAAUAAAAGAUUAAAACAAUAAA